GGCUACAAAAUAGUAUAGAAACUUAUUAUUAUUUAAAAGUUUUUUUAGUUUAAUUGUUUGAAUUGAUUUUCUGUUUAAUCUAAAUUCUAAUAGUAUAAUUCUAUUAAGAAUUUUUUUGGCCCGGGAGCUGGGUCGUGUUAUGGACUACAAGCACCCCAUUCGUGACAUGUCUGCCAUUCCAUGUUGAUCGUGGUAUAAGUUCUUUGCCACAAUAAUAAUAAUCUUGGUUAUUUCAUGUAUUCUCACCAUUCUAGUCCUCGAUUUUUCACUUUCUUGGUGACUCGAUCGUUCUCCAGCAAGGCCAGGGCAAACCGUUACGCAUCCCAACUUCAAUUAUGUUGCCUUCAAAGCCCCAUAUCUUGUUCCUUUGCCCGUACUGUCCAUGCCCACAUGAUAGCUUCUGGGUUCAAGCCAUGCGGUCACAUCCUCAAUCGUUUGAUCUAUAUCUAUUGCAAAUCAUCAAUGCUCGCUUACGCUCGCCACCUGUUUGACGAAAUUCUCCAGCCAGAUAUUGUUGCAAGAACGACGUUGAUUUCUGCAUACUCUACCACUGGGAAUCUAAAACUUGCGAGAGAAAUAUUUUGUGAAACUCCGUUACAUGUGCGAGACACUGUUUUCUACAACGCCAUGAUCACUGCCUACUCACACAACAAUGACGGUCAUGCUGCUAUCGAACUAUUUCGUGACAUGAGAAGGAAUGACUUUAGCCCUGACAAUUUUACCUUUACCAGUGUCAUUGGUGCAUUGGCGCUUGUUGCUGAAAAUGAAAGGCAGUGCCUGCAGCUGCAUUGCGCGGUGGUGAAGUCAGGGACGGCGUUUGUUACUUCAGUGUUGAAUGCGCUAAUAUCUACUUAUGUUAAGUGUGCAUCCUCGCCGUCUGUGAUAUCAUCGUCCUUGAUGGGCGUAGCUAGGAGAUUGUUCGAUGAUAUGCCUGAGAAAGAUGACUUGUCGUGGACUACUAUUAUUACUGGAUAUGUGAAGAAUGAUGAUCUCGAUUCAGCAAGAGAGCUUUUUGAUGGGAACGGGAUGUGUGAGAAAAUGGUGGUGGCGUGGAAUGCAAUGAUUUCCGGCUACAUGCAUCGUGGGUUAUAUAAAGAAGCGUUAGAGAUGUUUAGGAAGAUGUAUUUAUCAGGAAUGCAAUUGGAUGAAUUUACAUUUACUAGUAUUAUUAGCGUUUGUGCGAAUGCUGGUUUCUUUCAACUUGGUAAGGAGUUGCACGCUUACAUAUUAAAAACUGAGGUCAACCCUUCACCAGACUUUUCGUUGCCUGUGAAUAAUGCAUUGAUCACUUUAUAUUGGAGAUGUGGUAGAGUUGAUGAGGCCCGAGAGAUAUUUAAUUAUAUGCCGGUGAGAGACCUUGUAUCAUGGAAUGCAAUUUUAUCCGGCUAUGUGAACGCUGGGCGGAUAAAAGAAGCUAAAUCCUUUUUUGAGGAGAUGCCUGAGAAAAACAUAUUGACAUGGACUGUAAUGAUAUCGGGCUUAGCUCAAAAUGGGUUUGGGGAAGAGGGUUUGAAACUGUUCAACCAGAUGAAAAUAUUAGGCUUCGAACCAUGCGAUUAUGCAUUUGCUGGAGCAAUUACUUCUUGUGCUGUGCUUGGAACAUUGGAGCAUGGACGACAGCUCCAUGCUCAACUUGUUAGGUUUGGGUUUGAUUCAAGUCUUUCAGCAGGAAAUGCACUCAUAACAAUGUAUGCAAGAUGUGGUGUUGUUGAAGCUGCUCAUUCUUUGUUCCUUACUAUGCCUUGUGUUGAUUCUGUAUCAUGGAAUGCUAUGAUUGCAGCACUAGGGCAACAUGGCCAUGGUGGUCAAGCAAUUGAGCUUUUUGAAGAGAUGUUGGCAGAAGGCAUAUUGCCUGAUCGGAUAACCUUUCUUACAGUACUCUCUGCUUGUAGCCAUGCAGGUUUAGUUAAAGAAGGUCACCAUUAUUUCAAUUCAAUGUAUGCUGUUUAUGGUAUAAUCCCAGGUGAAGAUCAUUAUGCCCGUGUUAUUGAUUUGUUAUGUAGAGCUGGAAAAUUCUCAGAAGCAAAGAGUGUGAUGGAGUCAAUGCCUGUUGAGCCCGGUGCUCCAAUUUGGGAGGCUCUUCUUGCUGGCUGUCGGAUACAUGGGAACAUGGAUAUUGGCAUUAAAGCUGCCGAGCAGCUUUUUGAGCUGAAGCCUGAACAUGAUGGAACCUAUGUACAGUUGUCAAACAUGUAUGCUGUAGCAGGCAGAUGGGCUGAUGUGGCGAAAGUGCGGAAGUUAAUGAGGGACCGAGGGGUUAAGAAGGAGCCUGGUUGUAGUUGGCUCGAGGUUGAAAAUAUGGUCCAUGUCUUCUUGGUUGAUGAUGCUGUGCACCCUGAGGUGCAUGCAGUUUACAAUUAUCUUGAUAAGCUGUGCCAGGAAAUGAAAAAAUUAGGGUAUGUCCCUGACACAAAGUUUGUGUUGCAUGAUAUGGAGUUUGACCAAAAAGAAUAUGCCUUGUCUACUCACAGUGAGAAGCUUGCAGUUGCUUUUGGGCUUAUGAAACUUCCCCGUGGAGCCACCAUUAGGGUUUUCAAGAACCUUAGGAUCUGUGGUGAUUGCCAUAAUGCGAUCAAAUAUAUGUCAGAAGUUGUUAGGAGAGAAAUUGUUGUGAGAGAUGGAAAGAGGUUUCAUCACUUCAAGGAUGGUGAAUGCUCUUGUGGUGAUUAUUGGUGAGCAGUUUCUUAUAAAAUGUGAGACAGUUAGGGUUCAAAUAACAAAUUUGUUUGGCUUUUGAUGGACUUCUGAGGUACAACCUCGCCUUCAACUACAUUUCAAAAGUAGUAUGGGGGGAAUUUUUGUGAGAGAUAGAAAUAGGUUUCAUCACUUUAGGGAUGGAGAAUUGCAGUUAUUAUUUGUAAUAGGUUGCUGUUAAAUCUGAGACUGUUAGGUUUCAAAACAGAAUUUCUUUGGAUUUUGGUGGAAUUGCAAAGUGCAAUCUUGCUAGUUGUCAUCAACAUUACAACUUCUGAUGUAUGAAAUUAUUUUCAAAGGAUCAUACCACAAUGUGAAGCAUACCAAAGAAAGCGUGAUAACUAUCAGAAUGAUCAAGGGCUUGUUUUUGCAAUUGCCUCUCAAGGAUAAGUAAGAAUGAUUCUCGCAAGUAUGAAAAGAAGAACUUCACCUGGCAAUAUGCAUGAAGGAUUCGAACCCUAUUGUGUCCUUCCAUGAGGCUGUCUUUGAGAAAUCUUGCUGUAGUGCUGUGUGGUGAUGAGCAAGUCUCCCAAUAAACACAACCUUCUUUACAUGGAGGCAAGGCCUACUGAGAAGGGGCUUGCUGAGUCCAUUGAUGAGAGUCAUAUUGGUCCAAGGGAUGAUCCCAAGGCACGAGCAAAGAUAUUGUCUGAAGAAUUUGGUCGGGAUAAAUGAUCUUGCCAAGAAAAUUUGGUGUUUUGGUCCUGAGACUAGUGGACCCAACAUGGUUGUCGAUAUGUGCAUGGGAGUACAGUACCUCAAUGAAAUAAAGGACUCUCUUGUUGUUGGCUUCCAGUAGGCUUCAAAAAGAAUGUGCACUGGCUGAAGAAAACAUGAGGGGUAUCCGUUUUGAAGUCUGUGAUGUGAUCCUUCAUGCUGAUGCUAUUCACAGAGAUGGUCGUCAGAUCUUACCCACUGCUAGGAGGGUUAUCUAUUUUGACUGUGAGCAUAGAUAACUGGACAAAUUUGAAGAUUUAACAUUAUUUAAAGAUAAUUUUAGACAGCCAAGGAACUAAAUUCUGUAUGUACAUGUUACUGCAGAGCAAGUUAUUCAGACACUUGCAGUUCCAUUCACCAAGAGGGGAUUGUUGCUCAAGUUCUUCAUCCUGGGAGGUGGCUCCACCCUACCUUACCCGAGUGCUACAGCUUCUGGUGACAUUAUACCAAUCAAGGACCCUCAACUUCCACCAAAGCUGGGGCUGCUGGCAAGAUCUAAUUUAGCUUUUUCAUUUGUUAAAUUGAUUACCUUAAGUUUUAUUAUCAUUAAUAUCAAGCUCAUUUAAGUGAAGAA